UUUCAGUGUUCUACCCCUGACUAAAAUUAGACCUCCUCUAGGGUCACGUUUCAUCACCACUGACAGACAUGGGACGAGGUCUAUUGCUACUCUGUUACAAGAUUUUCAAAGCAAAGAAGUUAUUCCAUCAACACAAUGGAAUACACUGAAGAGAUUUGUGAGGAAUUUAUUACAAGGGUUUUCUUGAAGCAAAUUUGUCCAAUCUAGAAAGUUCUAUUUGACCAUUUCUUACAGGACUACUACAGCUGUGCUCCAAUCGGUUUUGAACUCGCACAUUGUGUUCGUGCUUCCUUGAACUUUACAGUCUAUUUGGUGUGACAGAUGUAUUUCAUCAUUUUUGUCAAUUAUGUGAGAGAGUAAUCUCCUCUUGAUAUGGAAGAUGAAUGAAGAUCCAAAUAAAAAACAGGCUACAUAAUCUUAUGUUAUCAAUCAUCAUUAUGAGUGAGUUUCCUUCUGCAGUGAAUACAUCUGAGCAGAGAAUUUCCUGCAUCUGUCCUUGUCUAGCUCUGUCCAGCUAAUUAAGGGAAGCAGUGAUCAACCAGACUCCAGUCCUGUUUUGAGUUUAGACUUUUUUGGGAGCUGUUUGAACAGUUGGUGUAGGGUCACCAUGACCGGGGUGGCAGUGUGCAGUGGCUCCGUCAGCUCUAUCAAGUCCCUUUGGGAGACUAGAAUUAAGAAAACGAAACAAGAUCUGCAGAAGCAACAAGAACAAAGGGCCGGUGUAGGUAGGGUGAGACAUAACUGGGAAGAUCGGAUUAUAUUGGCCAAGCUGAAAGAGAAGGUGGUGACAGAGGAAGGACGUGUCAUUUUAAGUAUAGAGAAAGAAGAAUGGAAGACUUUGCCUCGAGCCUUGGUUCACUUUCCUCAACUCAUGGAGUGGCAGCUUCACAGGGUUGGACUACAGACAAUCCCCCGCUUUGUUUCCAGCUUUGAGAAUCUGCUUGUUCUUGACCUGUCCCGAAAUGCCAUCACAGAGAUCCCAAAAGAGAUUGGUAAACUGACCAGGCUAAGGGAGCUGCUGGUGAGCUACAAUAGAGUGCAAAGUGUUCCAGAAGAACUGGGCUGUUGUGAGAACCUGGAGAAACUGGAGCUGGCAAUGAACAGGGACCUUGACGAGCUGCCUUCAGAGAUUAGCAACCUGAAGAAGCUUUGCCACUUGGAUCUCUCCAUGAACCAGUUCACAGAGAUCCCAGAGAGUGUGGUGAGUCUGCCUGCCCUGGAAUGGUUGGAUAUGGGUGGAAAUCGGCUGCAGAGCUUACCACAUGACAUCCACAGAAUGGAGAAGCUGCAUACUAUGUGGCUGCAGAGGAACGAACUGGAGUUCCUGCCUGACAACAUCUGUUACAUGCGAAGCCUGGACACGCUGGUGCUUAGCAACAAUAAGCUACAUGACAUUCCCUCAAUGAUGGAGGACAUGAACAACCUCAGGUUUGUGAAUUUCAGAGACAACCCUCUAACAUAUGAAGUGGAGCUGCCUGCUGCCCCGAAUAAAUCUGAGGAUGAGGAUGACAGAGAGAUGUUUGGCCGAGAUUUCAUGCGCGUCUACUGCCAGGAGGCACGGAAAAGAGUUAACGCCAUGCUAAAUAUGCAUCGUGUAAAUCCACCUGAGUCAAACUACACCUCAGAACUAAAUGUGACCCUUGAAGCUGUGGCAGAAUCUGCACCGUUACUGUGACCUACUGUAGCAGUCAUUCAUGUUGGCCUCUGUCGGUUCCUGCCUUGUCUGUUGUGGACAGCGUCUCGUCUUCCGUGUAGUGACUGCCUGGUCUUGUCAAGCAUGUCCUUCUGAGCAUUUCUUUCUCUUUUUGGGAAAUCUAACUUGUCCAACAUUGGGGUCAAAUCCACUUAAUUUCCUGGACAUUUUAAAAAUACAUUUACAAAAAUUAAAUGACUAAACUUUAAAUGGAAUUGACUCCAACCAUAGUCUUGUCUGCUAUGUCCUGAGCUUUUUGCCUUGUUAACAGUCUGUUUUCUUCUGUUACCAGUGUAAUGUUUUCUGUAACUGCAAACAGGUUUCUUGCUUUCUUGGGCUUAAAAAAAAGAGGAAAAGUAUCAAGAUAAAUAGCACUGCUCAAAAUAGAGAGUUGUGCUGCCCGUGCACCGUGCACCGUCAAUGGAAUUUAUUUUCACCGCAAGACGGGAAGUGCAGUCAGCAACACGUUUUCUAGAGAAACAUCUGAGCUGGUGUAGUAGAGUAGGCGGGAGUCAAAUCCCUUCUGCUGCAGGAAGUGAACCCUGCCCUGGUCAAUCAGCAGCUUGCACAGGCGUCCUAUGUUUUCACGGUCCUCAGCAUUCAACACUCUAAUAGUACAGAAGAAGAAAAAAGAUGAAGCAAUUGAGGUUUAUGUUGGACACAAUGUGACGACAGGUCUUCAGUCUAUAUUACAAUGACUAUGCAACAUGGGUGAAAUGUAUGUCUCUACAGCUCAAUGGCAAUACUCACCCUUCCAAGCUGUCUAGUUCAGCCUCUUCUGUCGCCUCGUGCUCCUCUUCCUCAAAUGUUUGGUCAGUUUGACCUUGUGGUGGAGAGGUCUGUCUUGCUUGUCUCGAGCCACAGGUCGCCCAACUUGACAUGCGCAGGAAGGCAGCGAACUCAGAGGCACCUAGUCCUUUCUCCUUGAAGAACUCCUUGCCUACAUAAUGCCUCCAGUCACAGCGGUGGUGGCAGCACAAGGCGAUGGCCACCCCACCCACCCUCAGCUCCUGGCCGGCAGCUGUCUCCCCUGCCACCCUGGGAAUGGGCUGAAGCUCCGGUCCUGUAGACUCUCCAGGCUGCUGCUGGAGCUUUGAGCGCUUGCUGGGUGGCUGAUCUUUGAUCCCAUGGGGCACAGUCUCUGAGCUGCCCAGUAGGCAUUGAAGAGCAAGGUCUAUUCAGUGCGGUGGAGGUUAGUGAGCAAGGAGUGACUCAAAGACGCAUUAAUCAAUAACUAUUAUUUUGGAACCACUUCUAUGUUGCCUUUCAAAAUUCAACACCAUUCAAGAUUCCAGUACAAGAUCUUUCCCCCCUGGUGAGACCUAGUACUCAGAGAUGUAGUGCCUGGUCUUACCUGUUGCUGCGCCACACAAGUGUUUGCCCACUCCAACCACAGGAAGUCCCUUUUCUUGGAGGAGAGGAACUUUACCUAAAAGGCAAAUAACAGGAAAAGGUUUCAGAAAAGCUCAACUCAACGUGCCUGCUAAUGCUUUGUUCAAUUCUUAAAUCAACUAUGUACUUGGCUGUACAAAUCCUUAUAAUCUUCAUAAUAUACAAGUGUGCUUCUCAGGCAAUUUGUCAGUGCCAACUUGUGUUUGAAGGGUGAUCUCAUCAGGUACAUUUUUAGAGGGUGUGGCAUCUCUUUCACUGUGUUGAAAAGUAUAAUCCACUUCACCUCCAGAAAACACUAACAGGGUAGGGUGCCUGUUUGUGAUGAUGUAUUUUACAUGAUAACUGAUUGACUGUUUAAUGUGAAUAAAUAUUAUUCAAAUUAAAA